AUGUCAACCCAACCAAUUCCCAUCAUCGUGACCGGAAAGCCCCAGCUCGUCGCGCACCCCGACCUCCCGCGGCGGCUGUUCAACGGCGUGAAGCCCAAGUACGAGAUCGCGCACUUCUGCUUCAGCGCGGAGGCGUUCGCGGACGAGUUCCCGAAAGUCAUGCAAGGGGAAAGCUUCGCAGUAUCGGGCGGGGUCGGGACAAACGUCGGGUCGUCGAACCCGAGGAAACCGAAAGCGGCUGUGGUUGGCGGGGGUAUGACGGAUGAAGAGUUCGCGCAGAUGAGUAUUACCGAGUGUACGAGUAGGGAGCAUAAGACAAACUCACAGCUCAGCGCCGCCGUAACAUGUCAUCGUCUUGUGACAAACGGUCCCGGUUUCAAGGGGGCUCUAGACACCUGCGUAGAACCGUCCUCGUUCAUAUACCUUCCUGUACCGGAUGAAGCCACUUCUCGAGCUCAAGAGCCUGUGGAUGAAGAACGGUUGACAGAAGUGGACAUGCACAGCCACUACGUCUUUCAUGAUUACCGCCAUCCGUCCGAUGGGACCGGCAGGCGAGGACUUCGGAGAGAUGUAGAGUCCUUCCGGCUGUCAUAUCGUAAGGCCUCUCAGGCUUUUGAGGACGCUGGAUGUGCUACACAUUCAGAGUCCAGUUGUCGUGAUACUCGGCCAUGGGGAGCCUUACUCAGUCCUGGUCUACCCGCGCUCUACAUGUCAGGUCCCGAUACUCCCAUAUCAGAUCCUCUUCAAGCGCUUGGUCAGGACAACCUGAGUAAGCCCCUCCCGGCCUGGCGUCCCGGCGCGUUCGUGUCCUUCCUCGUUACAACGCUUCUGCGAGGCGCGGCGCGGCCGCGGAGCGAACACAGGAAAUCGCGGACAACGGUAAUGGUUGGGGUUUUAUGA